AUGGCAGCAGCAGCAGCAGCGGCGGCGGCGGCAGCGGCAGCCUUGAACAGGAGGAGGCGGCUACGCCGAACUCUGGGGCAGCAGAGGGAGAAACAGCUGCAGCAGCAGCAACAGCAGCAGCAGCAGCAGCAGAUGGGGAUAUUAAUGGGGACAGCGCUAAAGGGGAGGCAGCAGCGAAUAGCAGCAAAAGGAAAGGAGCAAAAAAGAAAACAACUACUGACUGCUUCACGGAUAAACCCAUUUUCAAGCGCUGGCAGCGGUGUCGAAGAUGACGCACCAGACGCAGAUAGAGACCCCGCGCUCCCUGCUGCUGCUGCUGCUGCUGCUGCUGGAGGCAAAGCUCCUCAAGGCAAAGAAGCAGAAGCAGGGCAGGGCGCGUCUGCUGCUGCUGCUGUGCGCUGCUACGAUGGCUGCUGGUCGAAGAAGGGCAUUACACAUGUGCAGGUGUACAUCGUGUCUUGCCGGAAGUCUCGGCUGGGGGCGGGUUGUCUGAGGCGGUCGGAGCAGCAGCGCCGGCAGCAGCAGCAGCAGCAGCGGGGCCGCAGCAGCUGCUCCGACGUGUCUCCUCGCCCCGCAGCACCGCAGCAGCUGCAGCUGCAGCAGCAGCAGCAGCAGCAGGACGGCGAGCUGGACAUACUGUCGCUGAUACCCUCGCGGUGCGUAGGCACGCGGAGCGCAGCAGCAGCAGCAGCAGCAGCAGCGGGCGGGCCAGCAGCAGCAGCAGCAGCAGCAGGGGAGAGCAGCGAGGACGUGUGGCGGGGGCCCCUGAGGGGCAUUUGGAAUUUGACAGCAGCAACUUUCUCGCUGCAGCACGUGCAGCAGCUGCUGGGAUCGCUUUUGGCAGGCGAUCCCCAGAUUGGCUGCCUCACGGGCCCAGGCUUUCACUUGGCCUGGCUGGCGCUGCAGCACCUGCAGCAGCUCAGCAGCAGCAGCAGCAGCAGCAACAGCAGCGGCGGCGGCGGCGCAGCGGGGGGCGCGCUGCAGCAGCAGCAGCAAAGGGGACAGCAGCUUCAGCAGCAGCAGCAGCCGCAAGGCAGAAGCAGCAGCAGCAGCAGCAGCAGCAGCAAGCAGGAAGCAUGUGCCCUGGCAGCAAAGUUACGGCUACGAUGA